GACUACACCAAAGACAUUCAAAGCUUGGACGAUUUGAUGGAAUUUGUGGUUGCCCUUCAAAAGUCAUUGCAAUGUACCAAUUUGUUAGUCAAAGGUGGCCAUAUUCCAUUCACAGCCGACCAUAAACGUGCUACCGAUUACUCGCAUACUGACGACUUAAAAGUAUUGGAUGUCUUGUAUGAGAGCGCUAGUGACAGCAUCAGCGUGUUUGAAUCUCAUUACAUUAUUACUAAAGACAGCCAUGGGACUGGAUGUACAUUGGCCUCGGCUAUUGCUGCCAACAUUGCCAAGGAUAAGGACUUGGACGAAGCUAUUCCAAUCUCGAUUGAUUAUAUCCACAAGGGUAUGGUAAGUAUGGGAAAAAAGCUUGGGUUUGGAAAUGGACCUCUCAACCAUAUAGUUGUCCCAGCUAACUCCACUAGUGCAAUUGUUCAUGGAUCGCAUGUUGAUGCUAUUAACAUCAUCAAUGGUUCAGGGUCAUUCCUUGAAUAUUGCGAAACUCAUCCUAAAGUCAAGGACAAUUGGAAGAAAUAUGUUGAACAUCCAUUUGUGAAGGUAUUGGCCGAGAACAAUCUCCCAUUUGACAAGUUCCUUUACUAUCUAAAACAAGAUUAUCACUACUUGAUCAAUUACGCACAAAUGCACGGGUUGGCUGCCUCCACAGCCCCAACGUAUCAACAAACCCAUGCUCAAGCUACCAUAAUCGGUGAGAUUGUUACGGAAAUUGAAAAACACAAGGAAAAAUUGUGCAAAAAGUACAACAUUGAUUAUGAAAGAGACAUGGAUUUGGAUUUGGGAUUGAAUCCAGGAAAAGCCUGUGUUGAUUACUGCAACUACCUUUUAGAUGUUGGUAAGAAGGAGGAUUUCUUGGGAAUUAAAGUUGCAUUGGCUCCUUGUUUACUUGGAUACGGAGAAGCAGCAGAUUAUGGCCAACGCAUUAGAGAAGACACUACUGGUUUGGGUGUUUUAGACGAUAGGGAACAAUCAGACAUCUAUCUGUCUUGGUUGGAUGAUUACACUUCUGACUGGUAUACCAAUGCUUAUAACGAAGGAAAACAAGCGUUAGACCAAUUGGUGCAAACAACCCAAUUAAACCCAAAGAGAAUCCAAGAAUUAGUGGACAUUUUCAACGACGUCACUUUAUUAGAAGUUAACUUUUGGGAUGAAGUUUUAGAAUUAUAGACUGUUCUUAUACAGUAAUAGAUAUACGCC